AACAGUCAAACUCAGGCUUGCCCAGCCGAACAUUGACGCCGUUGUGGAGGCGACAGAGCCACUGGGAUAGGCUGUGGCGACUGCUGGCGUCAGGCUGAUUGGUCUUUAGUCUGGAGAGAAGGAGGAAGAGGGUGUACAACACACUGUGAUACCUGUUUACCUCGCCAAAAUGGGGAUCUUGGAAAAAAUUGCGGAGAUUGAGAGAGAAAUCUCUCGGACACAAAAAAACAAAGCCACGGAGUACCAUCUGGGCUUGCUGAAGGCCAAGCUAGCCAAAUACAGGGCCCAGCUUCUAGAGCCGUCCAAGACAGCUGGGGCCAAAGGAGAGGGCUUCGAUGUGAUGAAAUCUGGAGAUGCUCGCGUCGCUCUCAUAGGUUUCCCCUCCGUGGGUAAGUCCACUUUUCUCAGUCUGAUGACAUCAACAGCCAGUGAAGCCGCCUCGUAUGAGUUCACCACUCUCACCUGCAUCCCUGGCGUGAUAGAGUACCAUGGAGCCAACAUCCAGCUGCUGGAUCUGCCAGGAAUCAUCGAAGGAGCUGCCCAAGGUAAGGGUCGCGGUCGACAGGUCAUAGCGGUAGCACGGACAGCUGAUGUGGUCAUCAUGAUGCUGGACGCCACCAAGGGAGAUGUGCAGAGGGCACUUCUGGAGAAAGAGUUGGAAUCUGUGGGCAUCAGACUCAACGUGUCCAAACCCAAUAUUUAUUUCAAGCCUAAGAAAGGUGGCGGCCUUUCCUACAACUCCACCGUCCCUCUGACUCAAUGCUCAGAGAAGCUGGUCCAGCUGAUCCUACAUGAAUACAAAAUCUUCAAUGCGGAGGUUCUGUUCAGGGAGGACAGCACACCGGAUGAGUUCAUCGACGUCAUCGUUGGAAACAGAGUUUACAUGCCCUGCUUAUACGUGUACAACAAGGUGGACCAGAUCUCCAUUGAGGAGGUGGAUCGCCUGGCUCACAGACCUCACAGCGUGGUUAUCAGCUGUGGUAUGAAACUAAACCUGGAUUACCUGUUGGAGACAUUGUGGGAAUAUCUGGCUUUGAUCUGCCUCUACACCAAGAAGAGAGGAGAGCGGCCAGACUUCAGCGACGCCAUCAUUAUGAGGAGAGGAGCAUCUGUUGAACAUGCUUGCCAUCGAAUCCAUAGAACUUUAGCCAGCCAGUUCAAGUAUGCCUUGGUUUGGGGCACCAGCACCAAGUUCGACCCCCAGAGGGUCGGCCUGACACACAUCAUGGAGCAUGAAGAUGUCAUUCAGGUCGUGAAGAAGUAAAGCGAGUCGUGUGAUUGGACUGAGGACACGAUGGGUGUGGUCACAUCCAUAGGGGAGGAAAUGACACGCCACAGUUUCCUGUAUUCAGAAGCAGUGUACAGUUGAUUCCGAUGAUUAAAAAAAACAACCUUU